UACUACCACAAUGGUAUUUUUUUAACAUUGGCAACAUGUGCGAGUGAGACACAGGGCUCGGGUUUUAAGUGGACCGUUUUCUCCGGUCUAGUACGAACACCUUACUGGCUCGGUAAUAAGGUUCAAAUUGGUAUGGCAAAAAAAGUCAUUGCGCUCUCCACUUUAAUAUAUACCUUCAUGAUCGAGUAAUUCGAGUAUGACAUUGACAGCGACAUUGUCUUCACUUCGUUCGUGUGGCGUGGUCAUUUUUUAUUAUAUUAAUUGCUGUUAAAAUAGUGUUGUCUUACUUAUUUUUAUCAGUGAUAUCGUAAGAAUCGAGCAUUUGAUAUAAUAUUUGGACGGGCGUUGUGCGAGAUGGAGGGGAUCCCGGACGGUGGCAUGGCGCGCGUGAAGCAGGAGCCCGAGUCGGUGACUGACCGCGUAAUUGUUAAGGAGGAAGCAGAAUUCGCUGAUGAGGAGUGUGUGAAGGAAGAGUGCGAGGGUGGCAUAGACAAGUGCGGCGUGAGCGAGGCAGCCAUGCUGGCCGGCUUGUACGCCGACCACGAGGUCAAGGACGAGGUGGUGCUGGGGCCGGAGCGCCCACACCGCCCUGAUGUCGCACUGGUGGUGAGAACGCCCGCUGUUGUCUCCUCUGCUAUGGCGUCGUCGGGUGGGCUCGGCUCGUGCUCGGUCAGGCUGGAGCGCCUGCUGCCGGCCGCGGCGCGGCGCGGCGGCCGGGGCGCGCGCCGCGCCGACACGCCCGCGCCCGCACACAAUGAACAAGUCGGUUUUGAAGAAACAUAUACUCACUCACUUAACGAUAAGACCGUCGAGUAA